UCGUUUCCUUAAUAUGUAUGCAGUGUUUAAUAGUUGUGAUGUUCUAAAGCCUUAUGUGGCUCACCUUGAUGACAUAUUCAAGGACUUCACUUCCUACAAAGUUCGAGUUCCUGUAACUGGCGCAAUCAUUUUGGAUGAAACAUAUGAACGGUGCGUAUUGGUGAAGGGAUGGAAAGGGUCAAGUUGGAGUUUUCCACGUGGCAAAAAGAACAAAGACGAGGAAGACCAUAAAUGUGCCAUCAGAGAAGUCCUGGAGGAAACAGGGUUUGAUGUUGCUCUGCUUCUUGACAAAGAUGAAUACAUUGAAAAAACUUUUGGACAGCAAAGAGUGCGGCUCUAUAUAAUUGCUGGAGUGAAGGAUGAUACUGCCUUUGCACCCCUCACCAAAAAAGAGAUCAGU